AUGGCGAUCUCAACCUCGAGCCUUGUUUUGCUCUGCGCCAUUGGCAUUAUUUUGCUGGCUAGGCCUGCUCAUGCCUUUGGUGCUGGCAAUAUUGGCUCUACCUCCAAGAUCGAAGGCCAGAACUGGCGUCAUGGCGAUCUCGAGGAUACUCUUCUCUCCAUCGUUUCUGCUCGCGCCAUGAGCGGCAAGAAAUUUUCUAAACUCGAUGUCAAACGAGUGUAUUUCGGCAACUGGCUUCGUGACUACUCCCAAGCUGUCGACGUUGGCACCGUCAAAUAUGUCAGCGCCGAAGCCAUUAGAAUUCUCCUCUGGGUGCUCGGCUUCCUCUCAUUUGGCUAUGGCACUGGUGAAUUCGAAGUCACCACCGAGAGACUCGGCUGCUAUCGCCCAGAAGAACAUAUCGACAACCCCAAGGAUUACGCUGACAACGAAGAUGCUCGUCGGUACGACCGUCGCCUCCGAGGCCCCAUCAAUGAACGCCUCGAAUUGUCCAUCGACCCCGAGAAUGGCAUGAAGAACUAUAUUGCCUCCGAACGCCUUGGUAUCGACACCUCCGCUGGCCUAGUUCGAAAACUUCUUGGCCAGUCGAUUGAGCUGGGACGUCAGUACUCUCGUAACAAGAACAAGGAUGAUCUCUAUGAGGCUCUUCGCCUGCUUGGUACCGCGUCCCACUGUCUCGAGGAUUACGCAGCACAUUCAAAUUACGUCGAACUCGCCUUGAUCGAACUAGGGGAGCGUGAUGUCUUUCCUCAUGUAGGCCGCAACACCCAAGUCCGACUUCGAGACGCCCGUCAACCCGUCUUUCCCAUUGUCACCGGAACCUUUGGCGGCGUCGACUUUCUCCAUUCCGUCUGCGGUGAAUUUGACGACAAGGCAACUCAAAGCGAGAUCCAGCAGCUCGAAGGUGCCCUUCAACAAGCCCAGAACAACCGUCAAGAUGGUAGCAUGCUGCGAGAUCUCCUCAACAAAAUUCCUUCUGGCGUUUUUGGAGGCAAGGAUGAGGUCGGCAAGGCAGAUGAGUUGCAGCAGAAUGCACAAGCCCAGCAAAUGUCAAACGUCCGCAUCUCCCCCCGCCAGCCAGAAGAAUGGGCAAACUAUCUCAAUGAUGUGCAGAAGCAGAUCUAUCCCAUCAUCCAAUGGCACGACGAGGUCAUGCAAUCCAUUACUCGCACAGUCGAGAAAAUCCCCAUUCUUCCCGACCUCAUCGAACGACUCCAGGAAGAGGUCAACAAAUACGUCUUCUCCCUCCUUGCGCCAUACCUCAUUCCCGUCAUCAAUCAGAUCAAGAAUGAGCUCAACACUGGUUCAAGCGAAAUUAUCAAGGCUAGCGCCGAUAAGCAACAUAUCGUCUUUAAUGAUGACGAUUCGACCGACCCUACACAUUCCAUGCUCUCUAAAGACCACUUCUCCAAUGUUCUCAAUGAGCCUGCAGGCAGGGUCGCCCAAGCUACUGUCGCAUGGGUCGUACCCCAGAUAGUCGCUGCUUGGGAUGAUAAGAACGUCGAUGUUCAGCGUACUCUUGACCGCAUCGUUGCUGGCGUUUUGCACCACCCGGCCCUUCGUGACUACGGUAAGGACGGAGCUAGCGAUGGCCGACGCAUCAUGUUUAGCGUGGUUGAGGAAUGGUGGAACGAGAAGAGUGAUCGCGAGAAGGGUGGGCUUCGUGAUCAACUGAGUCGACGUGGCGUCCAAUCGGGUAAGAACCACAAGUCGGGCGUCACAGAUCAUGGUCACGGUAGCAACAAGCCCCUCGGAAUUGCCAGUGUAAGCUCUGGUGGCUCUGAUUACAGUGGUGGUAAUGACGCCUCUAGCCAAGCUGCAGAGCAGAUUGGCAAGGUUGCGGGAGACGCUGUUGGUGGAGGAGUUCUCGGAUCCAUCGUCAGCGGCAUUGCCGGUGCUGUCGGCGUCGACAUUCUCGGCGGCGGAUUGAACGACGAGAAGAAGACAUACAAGAAAGACUCGUAUGGUCAAGAUGGAUCUCAUACCGAGACCGUCAGCCAAAUUGGUUAUUCUUCCGGCGGAGAUCGAUACGGUCAAGCACAGUACUCACGGACUAGUGACUCGGCCGGCUACCAACAACGUGAGGACUAUAACCGUUACGAGCAAAGCUCUUCAGGCGAUGGCCGAUGGCAAUCCAAGGUGCACCAUGAGGAGCGCACGAGCACAGGCGGGUAUCGUGAAGAAAAUCGGCGCUACGGUGAUAAUACCACCAGUGGCUACGGCCAGCAACAAGAUGUCGACGCAGCCAGCCGUCGAGACGAUAACAUCAGCUCGCACGGUUCCAGUCGGCGAAAUGAUAACACCAGCUCCCACGGUUCCGGCCCGCGAUAUGAUAAUGCCAGUUCACAUGGUUCCGGCCGACGAGAUGAUAACACCAGUUCCCAGUAUGGCCGACGAGAUGAUAACACCAGUUCGCAGUAUAGCCGACGAGAUGAUAACACCAGUUCGCAGUAUGGCCGACGAGAUGAUAACACCAGCUACGGUCGACGAGAUGAUAACAUCAGCUCGCAUGGUUCCAGUCGGCGAGAUGAUAACACCACUUCGCAAGGCUAUGGUCGACGAGAUGAUAACACCACUUCGCAAGGCUACGGUCGACGAGAUGAUAACACCAGCUCACACGGCAGUGGCUACGAUUCCCAACAGGCCUCAUUUUCCGCUUCCGAUAGGUACGAACGUCAAAAUGAGUCCUCCUCUAGAUAUGGCCGUCAGGAACAAUCUGGCUAUGGCUCCGAUAACUACGGACGUCAAAAUGAGUCCUCCUCUGGAUAUGGCCGUCAGGAACAAUCCGGCUAUGGCUCCGAUAACUACGGACGUCAAGAGCAAUCAGGUUAUGGCGGCUACGAUGGUGCAUCCGACUAUCGACAUCAACAACAAAGCUCUAGGCCUCGCAGAUCUGAACAGGACAGACAAGGAUACCGUUGACGGGAAUAAUGAGAGCGAUGAUGACGACAGGAGUGAUAACAAGCAGAGACAUGGCGUGGUUUCUUCCGGGCAUGGCGUAGGAGGCCAAUGGAGAUACUGGGAUGGGAGGCUGUUGAGUUCAGAGUGGUUACGGUGCUGACAGCCAGUAUGAGACUUGCGAUGGAGGCUAUGGUGGCGGCUGACGUCGGGGCUGCUACAAUCGGUCAGUUGAUGGUUCCCAUUACUGAGAAACGAGAUUCAAUCACGAGCGAAGAAAGUUGACAUUGCCUGUUUAGAGGCUAGGAAAGGAUGAACACUGAAAUGCCAUAUGCUGAUGCGGAAAAGUGGAGACAGCAUACAAGCGCAAGGCAUACGAGGAAAUAGAUGCUCCAUGAUAGACAACUUCAGGGCCAUUUUUCUCAGGAGCUCGACGGGAACUAUGAGCUUAAAUAAAGGCACAAACAUAGGAUCACGUCUCCUAUCUCUGCAUCUACCUGAGCUUGACACUUCUGUGUAGGAGAAUCCUCCUGGCCAUCUGGAACCUCACCAUCGUGGCUUGGACGAGG